UCUUUGUUUUCACUCUAGUCCAGUAAAAUAAGUGAAGAUACACCAUGGAUGGGUUUAGCUAAAAGAGAAGCUUACUCGCUCGAUGUAUCCACCGCAGCUUCCGUUGGCGCGUACGCGCGUGGUGUCGCCACAGGACGUAGACAAGUCGCAAGCUGAGCCCGGAGGCCUUGAAGCGUCUCUCCUCCAGCUUAUGCAGGAUCACCAUAACACGUCUCUCCGUCUCCGUGACCGCACCGAGAAGGCAAAGAAAGAUGCCAUUAGAAACGCAGUUAGGGUUUCGGAUCUGUUAAUGGAUGCAGUAAAUGGUGGGGUUCAAGAAUCUUUUAUCAAUGAGAAACGAAUUGAACUCGAGAUUCGAGCUUUAGCUGUUACAAUUUCUAGAUUCAUGAGGCAAACCGAUCAAUGGCUUGCUGCAACUCACGCCAUUAACACUGCGAUUAAGGAAAUUGGAGACUUUGAGAAUUGGAUGAAGACAAUGGAGUUUGAUUGUAAAAGUAUAAGUACAGCAAUUCGCAACAUUCAUCAAUAGUGAACUCAAAUAUACACACAGCAAAACUUGCUUAUUAAUUCCAAUGGUGGGAGUGCAAUGGUUAGUCAUUGGGUCGGCUAGUUUGGAGCAAGUAUGAUUGAGGCUAUACUUCUGUCAAGAGGAGCCACCUAAUCUGCUGGAGCCAAUUCUGUUGUUGGAUGCAUCUCAUGAUCAAUGUACUGGUUGUUUGUUGUGAAAAAAAAAUGCUGAUUAAAUGACACGCUUGUGUGAGCAAAUCUUCAUUGAAUAUAUAGAAAUUUUUAUUGGUAGAAAAUUUAAGCGUCUAAGUUUCAAUCGAGAGGUCAAAAGUCUUGGCAGCAACAUGCAGCAAUGCUUUUUGAAUCAAUGACAUUUUGUAUCUGACUAAGCUUAAUUUGUCAUCCAACACUCUAUAGGCUAAUUUUAUUCCAAGUAAUUUGAUAUGGACGUAAACUGGUUUUCUUC